AUCAAAGUUUUAGUAUUCUCAAUUCAUUACAAAACUCAAUCUAUUACCGAUCGAUCGAUCAUGGCAACUUCAUCAUCUUCAACAGCGAUAUCAAACAUCAUGCUAUCCAUCAACGAGAAGAAAACUCAACAAUUAGAUCUCUACCGACCUCUCAGAAACUACAUCGUCUUCAAUUACUCCGAACGCGAAGCACAAAACGUCGACGACGAUCUCCAAACCCUAAAACAGAUGCGUUCCGAACUCGAACGCGGAAUCGGUGCUACAAACGACUCUAUUUCCUCCCGUCGCGACCUUCUCCAAAGCUACUACCGUGCUCUCUGUGCAGUCGAAUCUAGAUUUCCAAUCUCCCCUGAUAAAGACCAUGUCAACGCUCUCACUUUCAUAUGGCAUGAUGCUUUUAAAAACAAACAGAAAGCUUCGCAGCAGAAUAUUCAUCUUGAGAAGGCUGCUGUUUUGUUUAAUCUUGGAGCUGUGCAGAGUCAGGCUGGGUUAACUUAUGAUCGGUCGUCGAUUGAAGGGAGAAGGUUGGCGUCUCAUGCGUUUAUUGCGGCAGCGGGAGCUUUUGCUUUCUUGAGGGAUAAUGAGUCGUCUAAGGCUUCGAUUGGGAGUUCAACUACGGUGGAUAUAUCGGUUGAGUGUGCUGGGAUGUUGGAGAGAUUAAUGUUGGCUCAAGCACAGGAAUGUGUGUUUGAAAAUACUAUUGCUAAGGGAAGUACGCCAAGCGUUUGUGCUAAAAUCUCUAGACAGGUUGGAAUAUACUAUGAAGAAGCUUUGGGAGCCCUGAAUGUCGCCCCCCUGAAUCAGCAUUUUGACAAGUCUUGGAUCUCUCAUGUUCAAUUAAAAGCUUCUAUAUUUUAUGCAGAGGCUUGUUAUAGGUAUGGUAUAGAGCUUCACGAGAAAGAAGAGAUAGCUGAGGAAAUUUCUAGGUUGAAGAGUGGGGUUAGUGUUUUAUCUGAGGCAAAAAAGGCAUAUGCCAAAGGUGCUGCACAACAGCUUUUGGAUGCUAUCAGUAAGUUGGAAGCAAAUUUGAAUAGGGAUUUGGAGAGAGCGUUGAAGGAAAAUGACAGGGUUUAUCUCAUGAGAGUUCCACUUCAUAGUUCUUUGGCACCUUUACCUUCAUUCUCACUUGUGAAGCCUUUGGCAAUGAACGAGGUAUUGGAUCCAAGCAAAGACAAGAUGUUUGCUUCUCUUGUUCCCGAUAAUAGCGCAAAGGCUCUAUCGAGAUACACUCAAAUGGUUGACGAUGUUAUUCGAACACAAGCUGAGAAACUGCAAGAGGGGAGUGAGCUAACUCGUGUGAGGUUGAAGGAAAUGGACUUGCCCGAUUCAAUCCUUGCUUUGGAAGGGCAUAGUACUCUUCCAACUACUCUUAAAGAAGAUGUGGAGGCUGUUCAGAUAAGUGGGGGUCCGGCUGGCUUGGAGUCUGAGUUACAACAACUUAGAGAUUUAAAAAGGGUAAACCAGGAGUUUUUGGUGCAGACUGAAGAGAUAUUACAGAAAGAAGCUACAGAAGAUGCCCAGUUUAGAAGCCAAUUCGGAACACGAUGGACUAGGCCUCAGUCAAGUACACUUACCAAGAACUUGCUUGACAGGCUAAAUAGAUUUGCUGGAAAUUUGAAGCAAGCUUCAGAAAGUGAUGUCCGCAUUGAGCGAUCAGUUAGAGAUCAUUUACCUCUUAUGUCAAUCCUUAACAAGCAUCCGAUUGAAUCUGCCCUUCCUACAUUGUCGAGGCCCAUUAUGUCACUAGAUGCAAAUGAAGAUGCUGUGAUUGGGGCCUUAAAGCAGAGCUUGAGGCAACUGGAGAAUCUUGGUGCUCAACGAGCAGGGAUUGAAGACAUGCUUAAAGAGAUGAAGAGGAAGGAUGAUAUAUUGCCGAAGUUGAUGUCCUCAACUGGAUCACAUGAUGAUCUUUUCAGAAAGGAGAUAGCAAAAUAUGAUCCAAUUUGUAAUGAAAUUGCCCAAAAUAUCGAGGCACAGGAACAACUGUUGCGGCAGAUUCAGGCCCAAAAUGAUGAGUUUGCUGCUGUGUUUAACCUUGAAGAUUACAAGGCAUCUAGAGAGAAGAGCUACAAGCAAAUUGAGGCAGGGAUAGCGAAAUACCGCGAGAUUAAAGAGAACAUUAACGAGGGGCUGAAGUUCUAUGUUACUCUUCAGGACGCAAUCACAAACGUGAAACAACAGUGCAAUGAUUAUGUGAUGACUAGGAAUAUCCAAUGCAAAGAAAUGAUUGAAGACGUACAAAGACAAAUGGCAGGCUUCAGUUUCCAAGACAAGAACAACAAUAACAAUAACUAUCCUCAUCCAGUGGGACAAUCUCAUCAAAACGCAAGAUCAUCACCACAUCCAAUAGAUAUUGGGAAUAAUCCUAGCCGUCCCAUAACAUCAUACUUUCAACAGCCACAAGCACCUCGUUACGUCCCUCAGCAGCCGCCUCCACCUCAGCAGCAUGAGUAUGGAGCGGCACCGCCACAUCAUCAGCAGCAGCCUCCUCCACCUCCUUAUCAUUUGCCAUCUGGCGGUCCUCCCUACCCUCCUCCACCUCAGCAGCAGCAGCAACAGCCGGCAGUGAGUAAUCAUCAUGAGUAUGGGCAACCUGCAUAUCCUGGUUGGAGAGGCCCUUACUAUAAUAAUAAUAGUAAUGUUCUUCCUCAGCAGCAACAAUCGUCGGGUUCUUUACCUCGACCUCCUUACACUUAUCCUCCUCCACCACAGAACCAAGGCGGCAGCGGUUAUUAUAGGUAAAACUCGAGGUAUGAUUCUGUCUGUCUGUUUGUAUUAACUAUUACCCCAGUGUUCAUAUUAAGUUGUGUUAAUGGAUUUUGGCUCACUGCCUACUUUUCUUUGUAUAUUUACAAUUUGAGUGAUACCUAACAAUCAUAUUUCAGAUAGUAUUUUAGU